UUCGUUGGCGUACUCAGGGGGUUUGAUAUGGCCGUAGGGAACCGGAAUGACCGGGGUUUGCGACCGGCUGUCUCCGGUGGGAUGCGUGCGAUUGGUCCGGGGAUCCGUACUUCCUCGACUGCUGAGACAGCUGCCAACAUGAUAAGGGAGAAGCAUAAAGUACAAGAGGAAAGGGUCAGGAGCACCUUCAUUAUGGAGCAGCAGCGUUAUGGUCACAUGGCAAUGGAGCUCAGUUGUCCUGUGGAACAGGGACAAGGGACCACCCCUGCGGGCAGGACGUGGCCUGACUUGGGGACUCGUCUUGUUCUUGGAUUGGCCUGCAAUCGACCCUACUUAAUAAAGGAAACUAGAGGAGAAGAGCCUGGGUUCAGGUGGAAACUUGGGCUGGGUUCGACGUUGGCCAUGGCUUCAUUCCUUUGAUUUUGAAUUUCGGUUGACCUUGAUUGCUGUCUCCGGGUGGAGCAAUAUGUAGUUAAUAAAUUUUAUGUGUCUAUGUGGGCAACUGCCCACACAAGCGGGAUCAGUUGGAUUUAUUGCUGCUUGAGACUGGUCCAUAGAGAAGGUGAGUCUUUUUUGUUGGA